AUGGCUCGUACUCCUCUUUUCGUUGCGCUUCUUGCUGCUGUCAAUUGCGCCGCUGCGGCGAAGUGGAAGGGCGAGGUCAAGAAGGUGGAUGGGGCUACGUACCAGUGCAAGUGCUACUCGGACAACUCGUGCUGGCCGACUAAUGCGGAAUGGAACGCGCUGAACAAGACUGUUGGCGACGCUCUUCAGAUUGCAAUCCCACCGGGUGCACCUUGCCAUAAGAUGCUCGGGAACUCGACGACCAGCGUGUACAGUGAGGCGGCGUGUGCUGAAGUCAAGGCGAAUUGGAUCAAUGAGCAGUGGCUAACCGACCACCCAAUUGCGAACCUGUGGCCACUGUACACCAACAACACCUGCCUGCCAAGCGAUGACCCAAGCAUUCCAUGCACCAGGGGAUUCUAUGGUGAAUACGUCAUCUUGGCGAAGACGAAAGAGCAGAUUAAAACUGGUAUCGACUUUGCACGCGAACGGAACCUGCGUCUCAUUAUUCGCAACACGGGCCACGACUUCAUGGGACGCUCAACAGGGUUUGGAUCGCUGAUCAUCAACACUCACAGCUUCAAGGACGUUAAGUUCCUCAAGACGUAUAGUGGACCCGGAAAUUGGACUGGUAGCGCUGCUCUCGUAGGUGCCGGAGUGCAGGGGCGUGAGCUGUUCCGACACGCUUUUGCUCAGAAGCCACCGGUUGUGAUUGUUGGUGGAGAGUGUCCGACUGUGGGAUGGGGAGGAGGAUACAUCCAGGGUGGUGGCCAUGGUCCACUUACAUCUAUAUACGGCAUGGGUGCUGACAAUGUCCUCUCAUUCGACGCCAUCACCGUGAAUGGCGAAUACGUUACUGCCAACGCAGAGGAGAACGCCGAUCUCUAUUGGGCCCUGAAGGGGGGCGGUCCGUCCACCUUUGCAGUCGUUGUAUCGAUUACAGUCAAGACUUUCCCGGAAGUGCCAACCGCCGGUACAAUCAUCAACAUUAACAGCACGCACACCAACGAUUCGGCAGUCUUAAACAAGGGAUUCCACAUCUUCCACAACUUGGCGAACCAUUACACGGAUAACGGUAUGUUCGUUUACUUCGAGUUGGGACCUGGACCUGGGAGAUUGCAUAUAGCUCCGCUAGUUGGCCCUAAUAUGGAUGAGAUGAAGCUCAACGAGGUGCUGAAGCCUCUGUUCGAUCAGCUGGACGAAGCCAAAAUCCCCCACGACAGGCACACCAGAGCCUUCCCCACGUUCUUCGAGUUCUACAUCGACAUGUUCGAAGAUGAACAGCCGAAUCAAAACUCGAUCGUCGGCGGGCGUCUGUUUACGCGCAAAGACCUCGACGAUGGUGCUGACAAGGUAGCUGACGCCAUCAUCUUCGCUAGCAACAACCCCACACCAAACAAUGUCGGCUUGUCGGUUGGUCACAUCGUCGACCCUGGCCACGGUGUGCCGUACGCGGACAAUGCCAUUAACAACAAGUGGCGCAACUCUAGCAGCUUCGUCAUCACAAACGUGAUCGUGAGUGGCUUGGAGUCGUGGGAUGAGAAGAAGCAACUCGAGAAUGUGCAGACCAACGUCGUCGGGAAACGGCUUAGGGAGGCUGGUCCUGAUGGUGCGACGUAUGUGAACGAAGGCGAUCUGAACGAGCCAGACUGGCAGCAAUCGUACUGGGGCGACAAGUAUCCUAGGCUGUUGGAGAUACGGAAGAAGUGGGAUCCGAAAGGAGUGCUGUAUACCAAGACGACGCCUGGUACCGAGGACUGGGAAGUUCUCGAUUACGGAACGAAGCUCUGCAAGAAGGUUUCGUGA